AUGGCUCGAGAUCUUCUGAACGAUAGCUCCUCUGAUAGCGAGGAUGGAGGCGCAGAGGUCCAUCCUGUAGAUUUCAAAGUCAACGAGUCUUUCGCUCGACGCUUCGAAUACAACAAGAAGCGAGAAGAGUUGCAGAGAUUAUCAGAGAAACAUGGCGAAGCCUCCCGCAAACGCAAACGAACCGACGACCCUGCAUCCGACGACGACUCCUCUGACGAAUCUACAAGUGAGUCCGAAGAUGAGGGAGAUCUUGCUACAGCGGCCCUCGAUUCGGAGAUCAUGGCAACUAUCAAUGCCAUUCGUUCCAAAGAUCCUCGGGUGUAUGACCAGUCUGCGGUGUUCUACACUGCGGGUGAGGACACCACACCGGCGGAAUCAAGAGCGAAGAAGGAUGAACCGAUGCACCUCCAAGACUAUCAUCGACAGAUUUUGCUGAAUGGCGGUCCUGCAGAAGAAGACGAACCUGCGCCGUUGACGUACACUGAAGAGCAAGAACAACUCAAAAAGUCUGUCGUCGGAGAAAUAAACGCUGCUGCUGCCGAGGCAGCUUCAGGCUCAGAAGAUGAAGACGAGAGCAGGGGCGAGGUAGAUGAAUUUCUGGUAGCGAAAGAAAGGAAGAAGUCCUCUCGGGAACAGGUUACACUUGACGUCGAGAACGCCGAACGGGACCCUGAAACCUUCCUAUCCAAUUUCAUGGUCUCCAGAGCCUGGGCCGCAUCUGAUUCGAGAUUACAUCCCUUUGAGUCUGACGACGAGGAAGAGGAGAGGAGAGCCGAGGAGUAUGAAGAGGCAUAUAACAUGAGAUUCGAGGAUCCCGCAAAAUCCAAUGAAAAGCUACGAUCCCAUGCCAGAGACGCGGCUGCAAAGUAUUCCGUGAGGCGAGAGGAGGCGAAUCCACGACAGAAGAAGCGAGAGGCAGAGAAGGCCAAAAAGGAGGCGGAGAAACAACAGCGCAAAGAAGAGAAGGCUCGUCUGAGAAAGUUGAAAAUUGAGGAGCUGGAGGAGAAGUUGAAGAGAAUCAAACGAGCAGCAGGAUUGAGUACAAAAGAUUUACAACCUGAUGACUGGUCUCACCUUGUUGAUGAUGAUUGGGACGAUGCUCAAUGGGAAGCAGAAAUGCAAAAACGCUUCGGGGAUGAAUAUUAUGCGCAGAAGGAAGUGGGCAGCGAUGAGGAGAUGGCUGGGGAGAAGACAAAAAUCCGCAAACCCAAGUUUGACGAUGACAUUGACAUCAAAGAUAUUGUUCCAGAAUUUCAAGAUGACGAGAAGGCAGAAUUCAGCCUCUCGGACGAAGAGCAGGGUGGCCGCAAGAAUAAGAAGAGCAAGAAGUCAAAAGAUGACACAAAACGAGAGGCACGAAAAGAACGAAGAAUCAUCGAGCAGCUGGUGGAAGAUCAGCUGCAACUGGAAUUGGAUAACUCAGUGCCAAAGAAGGCUGGCUUCAGGUAUCGCGAGACGUCCCCAAAGAGUUUCGGCUUGACGGCCAGGGAUAUUUUGUUGGCAGAUGACAAGCAAUUGAACGAGUUUGCCGGGCUCAAAAAACUGGCAGCUUUCAGGGACCCCGAAAAGAAGCGCAAGGACGCGAAGCAUCUGGGAAAGAAAGCACGCUUGAGGAAAUGGCGGUUGGACACAUUCGGAAAAGAAGAUGGUUUAGAAGCCUCUGAACUGGUUCCGAAAGAGUCUGCCGUGGAAGAGAAGAUUGAAGCCGCUGACGGUAACGUCGACAACAUCAACGAAGGCAGGAGAAAAAAGAAACGAAGGAGGAACAACAAGAAGAGCAAAGUGGAGGUCAAUGGCACUGAAUGA